CGGAUUAGGAGAUGCCGGAUCGAGAGGUAGGAGGGAUCAGGAUAGGGAAAGGCGCAAAGGAGCAGCCUGUGAAAAGGCGGGGAGGGAGAGCAGGGGGUGCUGUCUGCGGAGAGGGAAGGCUUAGAAACCUGGUGGAGAGAGGACGCUGGAAAAGGGGCAGAGGUCGGCCUCGCAGGGCCAAGCCACAAGCCUUCGUCCCCUUCUCUCCCCGCACAACUCUUCCACUUCCUAAGCUGUCAACCCUGGGCGGCGUGGGGGCGCCUAGAAGCGGAGAAAGGAAUCAGGAACGUAGAGAAAUUGGGGCACGAGGAAGUGGGUCUCAGCCAAAUGGUGCGCAAUUGGACGCAUUUAUUCCAGCGAUUUUUAUGGAGCUCUCGAAGGGGUCCUCAAAGUGCGUCCAACUAGGGGAGCCGCCUAUAAAACUUUUCCUUUGCGCCUUGGCACGCGAGACCGCUACCGAGCCGUCUGACUUGCUGCGUGGCUGCGUAGGGGACCUAAUUUGGGAAGAAGAAACCUUUUCGGAAUCGGAAGAAAGGGACAAUCCUGAUCCGCCCUCCAGAGAAAGGCACCGCGAGAGGGGCACCUCCCACGGGGCCGUUGUAUCGUUUACCAUCCGGGACAGGGAAAGUAUAUUGAAGUGUGUGCUUCCCGUGAUGGACCCUAGGAAAACAGAAGGUGCUAGGGACAAGGCCUUCAUGAAAGAACACUGCGACAAUAAUCAACUGGUCCCCAUCUGAACCUGAGGGCUUCUGUGAACAUGGCUGGAGGGAGCAGAGACUAUGACUUCCGUCUACCACAAAGACAAAAAAAUAAGCUAGGAAAUGGCCAUAUUUAUUUUAUUCUUUUGAGUGCCAGUUGUGCGCCAAGCCCUGUACUGGGUGCUGAGAUGACAAACAUCAACUAGACACGUUACUGAAUUUUACAUCUAGGAGGAGACACAGCCAUGUCUACGAGGUAAAUAAGUCAUGAAACAAUGAGUUGAAUGUCAUAGCAAAGCUUAAAGAAAGUGCUAUGGGAAUAUAGGGGAUGGAAAGAUCGGCUCUGCUGGGGGGUCAGAGACUUCCUCACCAAAAUAGUACUUGCAGUGGACCUGGAAAUAUGGGUACAAUUUAGAUGGGCAGGAAUGGCCAUUUAGACAGGCGGUGGGCACAUAAAGAGAACACUCGAGGCUGACGGAAAGCAAUGAUUAAAGGUCUGGGAUUGGAAUGUCAGCUGCAUGGUGGGGGAAGCAGGAAGCAAGCAGCUUGGCUUCCUUUUCUUCUACAGAAUUUUCUGGGAUUUCUGUUCAGAAUUUAGGUGUCCCUGUAUUAGUUUUAUUUGUCUGGGAAUGGAACAUUUUUGUCGCAGAGAGAACAUGUCACCAGUAUACUGAGAACAAGUACUUGAGCUCCCAAAAGUGGUUAAAGGCUUUUAAAAUUGGCUUCUAUCCACUCAGUCAAACCGCAGUGGAGAUGAGUUAAAAGAGCCGAGUGUUUAUUUGAAUAUUUGAGUGUAUGUGAGUGCAUAUGUAUGGGGGGGACACCAUGCUCUAGCUCCUUUCUUCAUGCCAGCAGCCCAUCCAGUGCUCCAGCUGAAAAGUCACUUAUAAUAAAGACCACGUCCUGUGGUUGGCCAGACAUGACGACUUUUAACUUCUUGGGGUCCAGGUAAGAUGGUCCUCUGCUGCAGGUCACGCUCCUAGCUCCCCCAUUCAUUGAUUUCAAAAUCUUCAAUCACCAGAAUAGUCUUUGGGGAAACGAUCAGGAAAUAAACAUUGAACUCUGCAAAUAAUUCCAUUUUAAAAUCUUACAGAGGCCAAAGACAGGUGGGUAAAGCAAGGGAGGUAGCUCGGUGCUGUUUCUUUUAUAAAUGUAGGGUACUGAGUCACAUGGGGUCCUCUGAACAUUUACUCAUCAUCAUCCCACACUUACGGGGAAGGGGGCCAAUAUUAUCCCUGGUCGCUCCUCUAACUCAGUCAUGACCUCGCAGCUCUAGGAUAGAUAAUGUGGUAGAGAAGGAGGAAGGAAGACUGGGGAAGAGGGAGUGGUUUUGAGUGUUGACUAUUUCGUGUGAUUUAUUAAAUAGUAUACUGAAAGUGAAAAAAACAGCAUAGCUGUAUGGGGACAGAAUGGUCAUCCAUGUACCAGUUGUUCACCUUUGUAAUCGUGAGGCUGCCUGGGACCUGUGGCUGCCACUGCCUAGCGUCACAAGAGAGGGUCAUACCGCAUAUCAUCCAGAAAAGAUCACAGUUCAAAAUUCGAAGGACCGGUUUCUACUGAACAUGCAUCGCUUUCCAACUAUUGUAAAGUAAAAAAAGAACAAAAACAAAACUUUUUUUAAGUUGAACCAUUGUAAGUCAAGGGCUAUCUGUCUA